CAUUCUCUUCGAUGAUCUUGAAAAGGGUUAUGGUCUCAAACAUGAAUACCUUGAUCAUGUGGGUGUUUAUAAUCGAGCCGUUGAGCAAGUAACUAGCACAGCUAAAAAAUUACGCAAAUUACAACAAGAACGUAAUCCGGGAGGAGAUGAAAUAUGGCCAAAAAUGUUAUAUGGUCUUCACAGUCAUGGUCUAUUUCCUGCCAAUAGUCCCCUCUCCACUCACAUCACAAUGUUUGUGGAUGUUAUAAAAGGUCAAGGUACCCCCGAACAAAUUGAGAAAUGGGGUAAAGCUGCUGAGAAUUGUAAUAUAAUUGGUACCUAUGCUCAAACUGAACUGGCGCAUGGCACCAAUGUCAGAGGUAUACAAACACGAGCAGAUUAUGAUCGUAAUACGGAAGAGUUUGUUUUGAAUACACCUUGCUUGCAGGCCUACAAAUGGUGGCCAGGAGGAUUGGGUCAUACUGCUAAUCAUGCCAUGGUUGUGGCACAACUCUACAUUGAUGGCCAGCAUAAAGGUAUACAAAUGUUUAUUGUGCAAUUGCGUGAUUUGGAGACACAUAUGCCUUUGCCCGGCAUCGAUAUUGGUGAGAUUGGUAAAAAGGUGGGCAUGGCUGCUGUUAAUCAAGGCUUCCUGGGUCUGAAAAAUGUACGCAUUCCACGCACGAAUAUGUUAAUGAAAAAUGCUAAAGUUAUGCCAGAUGGUUCAUUUCAACAAAGUCCUGCCUCAAAAUUGUCCUACAUGACUAUGGUCUAUACGAGAUGUUUAAUAGUAAAUUUAGAUACUUCUUAUCUAUUAGAGGCAGCUACUAUUGCUACAACGUUAUGCGGCUGUAAGGAGACAAAGUCCCAUUAA